AUGAGUGUGUACCUGCUGGUCCUGUGUUUGGCUUUGCUGCCCCAGGGAGGGGAGGCCUCGGACCCUCCAGGCUGCACGAGCCCUGAUGCAGUGCGAGUGGCAGAAGAGGCGCUGGAACAGAUCAACAAGGACAGGAAAAAUGGAUACAUCUGGAGCCUCAACAGGCUCUAUGAUCUGUCUCACACUCCAGAACAGGGGAAAGAUGGAUCUCUGUACAAACUAACCAUCGAUGUCAUGGAGACCAAAUGCCACAUCACCAGUGGAAAACCGUGGAAACAAUGCGAAGUCAGAAAUAUUGGGAAUGUUCCAGUGUAUGGAGAGUGUCAAGUAUCUGCCUAUGUUCACACUCAAGUCAAACUACAAAGCUACUCCUGUACAAUUCGUGAAGUUCCAGCUACUGCAGUGGUGGACACGUGCCCAGACUGUCCCACGGCCGAAAAUCUGAAUGAGCCCAUUGUCAAAGAGACGGCCAAUCUCUGCCUGCAGAGGUUCAAUGAGGAGAGCCGCCUGGCCAACUACUUUACUCUGGAGAACAUAACGAAAGCCAGUUCACAGUGGGUUGUUGGUCCGUCCUACUUUGUGGAAUUCACUAUAGUGGAGACAGUUUGUUCAAAGGAAACAGAUGUCAGUGAACUGAGCAGCUGCACACCUAUGGACUGUCAGUUUGCUCACAGAGGCUUCUGUUCGGGCUCACAUGUGGCUCGUGAGGAUCAGUUUGAAAUCAGAAACCCUGGUGGCAAAAGGGAUGGCUUGAUUCAAGAUAAGAAACCUGUAGAGGUGAAAUGUGAGAUCUAUGAACCUCAGGCUUCCUCUGUGGAGGAGCAGGCUCACGCAAAAGCAGGCAGUGUGCACACUGAACACCAGCACCAUAACCACACUCACCUGCAUCCCCAUGAGCACCUCCACUCAGACUCACCCAGCCCAGACAUUACACUCUCCGUGUCUCAGAACCUUGGGACUGUGGUGAAUCAGCCUGCCUCUCCCAGAGCUUCACCAGCAGGCAGCUCCUGCCCCGGACCCCGCAGACACAAUCUGGGUUUACGGAAUCUCAGGCUCUGAU